AUGCCCUCCUUCACCAAGCUCUUCACUCUCUUCCUCUGCACCGCCAUCCCUACUGUACUCGCGACACCUACACCCAAACCUCCUGUCCUCAAUUCGUUGCCUGCCGACUGUACCAUGAACCAUGGCUUCGAAGUUUGCCACGGAAACAGAGCUGGUGCUUCUUCGGAAUCCCUCUCUGCUCGAGGCUUAACUAACGCUCAACGUCUCGCCCGUGGUCUACCUCUCAAACCACCCACUCGUCGCGCUUCUGCUCGUAGGGCAACAACCUCGCCUUCACCUGUUGCUCGAGGAUACAUCCAAGUGGUUGCGCUUGACCGCGAUGGCAAUUCGAAUGACGUGCUCGGGUUUGUUUCAAGAAACAGGUACCAGAACGCGCAAUACCUCAUCCAACCAGCGAUCGAUGAUUCUGCAUUACUUGUCACGAGCGAUGGCCCCUAUCUGAUUUUGGACAACGACCCCUCGCCUCAUCGUUUCGUCGGUCUUGUGCAAGGCCGUGAAGAUGACUCGUCUACUUUGGCUGAAGGAAGCUCCAACUAUCUGUAUCUCGCUGCGAGCGACCAGACUUCCUCGGGUUCAUCACCUCAAAGUAUUGGCAAUGCCAUCAAUGACGCUUACAGUGGAUCAUUUACGGCAGAGAGUGCAGUGUGGACGCUCGAUCCAAUCACUCAUAGACUGGCGGCGCAGUGGACCAAUACAGACUCAUCGCGUGCACCGACCUUGGCGUUCACGCAAGGUUCCGCAAUCUACUUCACGGCCGACUUGAACGCCUUCCAACAAGCGCACUCAGCCCCGAUUCAGAGAAUAGCCUUUGUGUUCAUCACAAUUUGA